AUUUUCUUUAGCAGUGUUGCACCCCCAGCCCGUCACAUUGGAGAGUUUUUCCUGAUGGAAGCCUUGGGUCCUGAAGAUGAUGCUGGUGGAAUUUCCCCAACCCUGACUUUGAAUAUUUUCAAAGAAUGAUCUGGGUUCAUUUGACUACUGAAUUUGGGUGGCUUUAGAAGGCAGGGUACCUAAAAGAGCUCCCCGCUAUGAAGACCUUGGAAAGCAGCCUCAUCCUCGGGAUAUUACCCUGCGUUUUCCAUCUGCCUUUGAUAGCCCCCUAUCAAAAUAUAACUAUCCCAGCAGAGCUGAAGACCGUCGUAGCUAAAGUGCCCGUCAACGCCACGUCCUGCAGCGUCACCUGCGGCCUGGGCUUCAAAGUGGAGGAGCUGUGCGAGGUCACGCCGGCCGGCGAGCGGAGGAAUUGCACCCUGCGCACGUCCGACUGCGUCGCCAACUGGGUCUGUGGCUUGCAGCACUUCUCGGUGCCCUCGGGCAGACCCUUCCAGAUCAGCUGCCUGAGCGCCCAGGCCACGGGCGUCGAUAGCCAGGCCUAUAUUUAUACGUGGAGACUCGCCCCGGGUCUCAUCACCACCAACGACGGCCUCUUCAAGCCUUUCAAGAGCACUGAGCCUGUCAUCAGGCUGUCGCCUACGCAGGAGUCAGAUGCAGGCACAUACCGGUGUGAUGUGCAGGUGGCCAAGACCUUGAAAGUCAUCAAGAGGAUCUACUUCGGUGUCAGAGUGAUCCAGAGCGACUUGGUGGAUCUGAACUUUGAAAAGUCCUUGACUUUGGAGCAGAAAAUAGCGGAAAAUGAAGAGGAAGGAGGGAAACACAACGUUACCCACAUAGAAAUGCAGCAGCAGCAGAGCUUUUGGCAGAGUAAAUUACUGAGUGACCCUUGGAUAGGACUUGCAGCGGGGGUGCUAGGAGGAGUCCUGAUGAGCGUAGUGCUCUACUUGGUGCGGAAGGCUUGGAGAAGAAACGCUGCAGAGAAAUGA